UACUUCGUCCUGCUGCUGUGUAUCUUCCUGUUGGAGAUCCUGGCUGGCGUCCUGGCUUAUAUCUACUACCAGCAGCUGAAUCAGGAGCUGAAGCAGAACCUGAGGGAGACCAUGACCCAGAAGUAUCAGCAGAGCACCCACGAGCACAUCACCAGUGCGGUGGACAAGCUGCAGGAGGAGUUUAAGUGCUGUGGCAGCAACAGUUCGUCUGACUGGGCUGAGAGCGUGUGGAUCCGCUCCAGAGAGGCGGAGGGCCGCGUGGUGCCUGACAGCUGCUGCAAGAGUCUCACCACGCUCUGUGGCCGCAGGGACCACCCGUCCAACAUCUACAAGGUGGAGGGGGGGUGCAUCUCCAAACUGGAGAAAUUCAUCCUGGACCAUCUGAAGAUCAUCGGAGCGGUGGGUGUUGGGAUAGCCUGCGUACAGGUCAUAGGGAUGGUGUUCACAUGCUGCCUAUAUCGAAGUCUAAAGUCAGAGCCGUACUAAAGAGAGAAGCAGAAGAAGAAACGUGUGGGAGAGGGAGGUACUCCAACAACACAUCCCAUACUCAAAUAGCCCAUAGGUUCUUUUCUUUCCCUUGCACAUAGGGGAAGGAACAUUUUGGCGAGGGAUCAAAUUGCACAGCUGAGGAACUCAUUUUAGUAAACAAAGGGUGGAAAAACACUACAAGGUUUUUGAAGUAAUUAGGCAUUCCAUUUGCAGCCUCAGCUACGUCUUCAAGAUCACAGCGAAACCCUCAGAGAGAAACUGAUGGGAUUUCUAACAGAGAUAAAUGAGUGUGGGACAGCCUCCUAGGGACGGAAACUUUGUAGUUUUCUUCCACUCCGAUUCCCUGCAUGUACAAUUGUUUGUGGACCAGGUGCUACACCCCAGAGUUGUGUUAGGAUCAGUGGAGUAAAACUGGCACUCUGCAGGAAACGUAAACCCUGGUCCCAGCAGUGAGUCCCGCCUUCUGGAGCCCCCUAAACUGCAACAGCAUUUGGAUUCCUCUUUAACUAGCCAGUCAUGCAUUUCAAAUAUCUGUUCAUUAGUGGCUUUUAAACUUUUACACUGUUCGGUUCUAUAUUUUGUAAAUGGUUGUUUUACACUUUAGAGGUGCUUUCUUGUGAGCUAUAAUUGUUACCUAUGUGUCUUCAUAUUGUCCUAUCAUGUUUGAUCAUAUCAUUUCUGCCACCUUAAUGACCUGCUUUAACUCUGUGAGACAACUCAAGUUGAUCUUAAUAAAGUCAUUAUGAUAAUGUUACAUACAAGCAGUGCCACUCAUAUUGCUCAUAAGGAAGUGCCUCAUGUUUGCGCCUUUUUUAUACAAGGGAUUUAUCCACUGAUGCCAAAGUUCUCAACUUUGUGUAAGGACCUACUGUCCCUCUUUCAGCCUUAUUCACAUUUCUAUUGAUGUCUCUCUUUUUAGAUAGUUUUUAUAAAUUAACAUUUGUUCACUUUCCUAUAGACCAUGAAUAUAUGAUUGUAUUUAAAGGACACAUGAUAGUCACUCACUGUUUCCCAUGUGCCUCAAAGACGACACUAAAUUAAUCUGCUGUAUUUCUGUCUUUGUGAUAAUCCUGGUUGUAUUUUAGUUUGAAUAAACAUUGAUUAACAAUAA